CAAUCCACCAGCGCUGAAGGCCAUGAGAAGGUAAUCGAGCGGCUGCUGGCGCACGGCGCUGACGUCAACGCGCAAGGCGGACACUACGGCACGGCGCUGCAAGCCGCCAGUGUUGGAGGCCACGAGAAGGUGGCUGUGCGGCUGCUGGCGCAAGGCGCCAACGUCAACGUGCAAGGCGGAUCGUACGGCACGGCGCUGCAAGCCGCCAGCGCUGGAGGCCACGAGAAGGUGGUCGAGCGGCUGCUGGCGCAU